AGCCGUGGCCGCCCGGCCGCCGGGAGCCGACGGCUUCGCGCCGGGUUGUUGCCUCACUAGACUAUGAGCUCCUUGAAAGAAGGAAUCGUGUCUCACUCACCUUUAUAUUUCCAGUAUCUAGCACAGUUCCUGGUACAUAGUUUAAGCUGAAUUUUGGGACAUGGCCACUGCUUCACCAAGGUCUGAUACUAGUAAUAACCACAGUGGAAGGUUACAGUUACAGGUAACUGUUUCAAGUGCCAAACUAAAAAGAAAAAAGAACUGGUUUGGAACAGCAAUAUAUACAGAAGUAGUUGUAGAUGGAGAAAUUAAAAAAACAGCAAAAUCCAAUAGUUCUUCUAAUCCAAAAUGGGAUGAACAGCUAACUGUAAAUGUGACCCCACAGACUACAUUGGAAUUUCAAGUUUGGAGCCAUCACACUCUAAAAGCGGAUGCAUUAUUGGGAAAAGCAACAAUAGAUUUGAAACAAGCUCUGUUACUGCACAAUAGAAAAUUGGAAAGAGUGAAAGAGCAAUUAAAGCUCUCCAUGGAAAAUAAGAAUGGCAUAGUGCAAACGGGUGAAUUGACAGUUGUGCUUGAUGGAUUGGUGAUUGAGCAAGAAAAUCUAACAAACUGCAGCUCAUCUCCAGCUAUAGAAAUACAGCAAAAUGGUGAUGCCUUACAUGAAAAUGGAGAGCCUUCAGCAAGGACAACUACCAGGUUGACUGUUGAAGGCACUAAUGGAAUAGAUAAUCAUGUACCUCCAAGCUCUUUAAUCCAAAACUCAAGCUGUUCAUAUGUUGUUAAUGGAGACAACAUACCGUCACCUCCGCCUCAGGUUUCUACCAGACCCAAAAAUACACCAGCUCCAAAACCACUCACAUCUGAGCCUACCAAUGACACCGUUAAUGGAGAAUCAUCCUCAUCUGUACCAAUUGAUAAUACUUCUGCCACAGGUACUGCAGUAGUAUCUGAAGAAAUCACUUUGUCAUCAAAUUGCACUAGCACUACUGUUGGAGAUCCUCCAGUUCAAGAAAUACCAACUUCCUCAGAAAACAAUGAAUGUAUUCUUUCUAACAGAGCAGCAUUUGGUUCUGAAACUAGAAGUAUAUUAGACUCUGCCACCUCUAGUUAUGGAAAUAGUUCUGCUUUUGAAGCGGCCAAAUUAAGACAGCCAGAUGGGUGUGUGGAACCUGUGCGACAGCAGUCUGGAAAUACCAACAUGGAAACUUUGCCGUCAGGGUGGGAACAGAGAAAAGAUCCUCAUGGUAGAACCUAUUAUGUCGAUCAUAACACUCGAACAACCACGUGGGAGAGACCACAACCUUUACCUCCAGGUUGGGAAAGAAGAGUUGAUGAUCGUGGAAGAGUUUAUUAUGUGGAUCAUAACACCAGAACUACCACUUGGCAGCGGCCUACCAUGGAAUCUGUCCGAAAUUUUGAACAGUGGCAGUCUCAGCGGAACCAACUGCAGGGAGCUAUGCAACAGUUCAACCAACGAUACCUCUACUCGGCUUCAAUGUUAGCUGCAGAAAAUGACCCAUAUGGGCCUUUGCCACCUGGCUGGGAAAAAAGAGUGGAUUCCACAGACAGAGUUUACUUCGUGAAUCACAACACAAAAACAACCCAGUGGGAAGAUCCAAGAACUCAAGGCUUACAGAAUGAAGAGCCCUUGCCAGAAGGUUGGGAAAUUAGGUAUACUCGGGAAGGUGUUAGGUACUUUGUUGAUCAUAAUACCAGAACAACAACAUUCAAAGAUCCUCGCAAUGGGAAGUCAUCUGUAACUAAAGGUGGUCCACAAAUUGCUUAUGAACGCAGCUUUAGGUGGAAACUCGCUCACUUCCGUUAUUUGUGCCAGUCUAAUGCACUACCCAGUCAUGUAAAGAUCAAUGUGUCCCGGCAGACAUUGUUUGAGGAUUCUUUCCAGCAGAUUAUGGCAUUAAAGCCCUAUGACUUGAGGAGACGAUUAUACGUAAUAUUUAGAGGAGAAGAAGGACUUGAUUAUGGUGGUCUAGCAAGGGAAUGGUUUUUCUUACUUUCACAUGAAGUUUUGAACCCUAUGUAUUGCUUAUUUGAGUAUGCUGGCAAGAACAACUAUUGUCUGCAGAUAAAUCCAGCAUCAACUAUUAAUCCAGACCAUCUUUCAUAUUUCUGUUUCAUUGGUCGUUUUAUUGCUAUGGCACUUUUCCAUGGAAAGUUUAUUGAUACUGGUUUCUCUUUACCAUUCUACAAGCGUAUGUUAAGUAAAAAACUGACUAUUAAGGAUUUGGAGUCUAUUGAUACUGAAUUUUAUAACUCCCUUAUCUGGAUAAGAGACAACAACAUUGAAGAAUGUGGCUUAGAAAUGUACUUUUCUGUUGACAUGGAGAUUUUGGGAAAGGUUACUUCACAUGACUUGAAGCUGGGAGGUUCAAAUAUCCUGGUGACCGAGGAGAACAAAGAUGAAUACAUUGGUUUAAUGACAGAAUGGCGUUUUUCUCGAGGAGUACAAGAACAGACCAAAGCUUUCCUUGAUGGUUUUAAUGAAGUUGUUCCUCUUCAGUGGCUGCAGUACUUUGAUGAAAAGGAAUUGGAGGUUAUGUUGUGUGGCAUGCAGGAGGUGGACCUGACAGACUGGCAGAGAAAUACUGUAUAUCGACAUUAUACAAGAAACAGCAAGCAAAUCAUUUGGUUUUGGCAGUUUGUGAAAGAAACAGACAAUGAAGUAAGAAUGCGGUUAUUGCAAUUUGUCACUGGAACCUGCCGUUUACCUCUAGGAGGAUUUGCUGAGCUCAUGGGAAGUAACGGGCCUCAAAAAUUCUGCAUUGAAAAAGUUGGCAAAGACACCUGGUUACCGAGAAGCCAUACAUGUUUUAAUCGCUUGGAUCUACCACCUUAUAAGAGUUACGAACAACUGAAGGAAAAACUUCUUUUUGCAAUAGAAGAGACAGAGGGAUUUGGACAAGAAUGAAUGUGGCUUCUUGUCUUGGAUGAGGAGCUCUUGCAUUUAAAUACCCCAGCAAAGAAAAAUUGCACAGAUAGUGUAUAUAAGCUGUUCAUUCUGUACAGUGAAUUUUCUGAACCUCUCGAAGUAUAAAUGUUUUCCGCUCUUCCACAGAAAUAUGCAAAACAUUCAUCUUUUUCUAUUUUAUUUAUUGUUCCCUUGAAGUGACUGAGAGGAAAAAGAUCAUCCUUAAUUCUGAAGUAAGCAAGAGACUUUAAAAUAAGUAUAUAUCUAUAUAAGCAUAUAUGAUAGAGGCUCUAGUUUUAUAGAGCUCCAAGUGUAUUAAACAUGACAGCCGUUCAAAAAUAUCUGGAUUUGCUUUACCUUGUUUCUGUUUUCCGAGGAGAAAAGUGCAAAUGCUCUAUGUUCUCCUCCCUUUGUAACAUCUGAGGGUGUUUAGUUGCAUGGCUAUUCAGGAAGGUAUUAAGGGCUUAGGCCAGAUCUCACUUUUAGUAUGUUUAAAAAAUGCUGCUGGCUUUUCUGAUAACAGGUGCUUUCAUGAACCUGUCAAUUUGUUUUAAAUAAAUAGUUGAAAUUUU